CAAGUAUUGGGUAUUGAAAUUUGAAAUAUUGCAGCUGAAAACUUGACACAACACUGUUUAAUUAAUAAUUACUAAUUCGUCGUGGUUAACAACUUUAAGCGUAAAUAUGGCUCACAUUUCUUUAAGUGAAGCGGAGAAAACUUUUAUAUUACACGGCGUGGAGGAAGAUUUUCGGUGCGAUGGACGCUCGCGACGUGAUUAUCGGCCCAUGGAACUGGAAACUGAUUUGGUGAGCAAUGCCAGCGGUUCAGCCAGGUUGCGUCUAGCAAAUACCGAUGUGUUGGUUGGUAUUAAGACGGAAAUUGAUAAGCCAAAUUACUUAACUCCGGACCAGGGAAAAAUUGAGUUUUUUGUUGAUUGUUCAGCAAAUGCGGCUCCGGAGUUUGAAGGACGCGGAGGGGAGGAAUUAGCUUUAGAAUUGACAGAUACUUUAACAAAUGCGUACGAGUCCCCAAAGGCUUUCGAUUUGAAAUUUCUUUGUAUUCUACCUGGCCAACAAUGCUGGAAGCUUUUUGUAGACAUUUUGAUCUUAGAGUGCGGGGGGAAUUUAUUUGAUGCAGUGUCCUUGGCGGCAAAGGCAGCUUUGUUUAACACGAAGAUACCACGUGUCACGGCAGCGCUUAUGGAUGCCGGUGAAGCUGACUUAAUAAUAUCAGAUGAUCCUUAUGAUUGUACUCGAAUUCAAAUUGAAAAUUUGCCUAUUUUGGUGACAGUGUGCAAAAUUGGAGAUUCCUGUGUAGUAGACCCUUCGGCAGAAGAGGAAGAAUGCAGUAUUGCCAGUGUUGUAGUCGGUGUUUCAAAAAGAAAUGGCAAAAGUUAUUUGUCGAAUGUCCAUACAAUAGGGGAAGGAUCAUUACAUAAGGACACCAUGCAUAAUUGCGUACUUCUGGGUUUAUCUGCGGCUGAUGACUUGAACAACGAAUUGGUGAAAGCAUUAAAUGUUGAAGAGCAGCGGGUGGGAUCCAAACGUCGUAAUACUAUAGGAUUUCUCAAAUAAAAAAUUAAACUAAUUUUUACUAACUCCUUUAUUUAGAUCAGUAAUAAAACCAGUUCUUAUACGAGUAUAAGCACUAAAAGAUAUUUCGUAUUAA